GAAAAGAUCCAGCCAAACUAUAAGCUAUGGCAGAAGAAGUCGGACUCGACAUACCGGAAGAGAAAGUUCAAGCUCUACAAUCCAGGUGAAUGAGUUGAUAGCUGCAAAAUCGACUGCUCCUAAAUGGUGGGAAGAACAAAGAAAACAAAUUGUGGCUGAACUUGUUGAAUUUCAGAAUCAAAUCAACAAGAUGUCAGAAUCAGUUGUGCAACAAGUAAUACAGUAAACUCAGUCAGGCUUUGAAGGAGUAACUACCGUAGCUAGCACCCAAAUAACUCCUAUUUCACCGACAAAAAGUGAAGGUAAGAACCCUAUAGAAAUUACUGUACUUGGUGAACAUAGCAAAUAUUGCUACAAAUCCGGUAAGCGUAGACUUUUACCCACACACCCGCAGGAUAUUAGCCAUCAUAGUCCUCAUAAUAACUUGUCUCGUGUGAAAGCCAUGAUAGUACUGGAGGAAUUACUUCAUCAGUGAAUAUGAAUGAUUUAACUACCAGACCAAAAAAAGAAUUACCAGAUUUUAGAGUCUUUCUAUCUAGAAGCUGAUACAUAGCUGGAGUAUUCUCAUAUCAAUGUUGAGCUGCACACGAUAGAUGGGUUAGUAAAGGACAGAAUUCAGUGUACUCCAAAUAGAAAUUACUUCAUUCCAGUGUAUGAUAAAGGUUCUUUUAAUUAAAAAUCAGUGGACCAAAUGGAUGGACUUGGGAUCCAGGUAAGGUUUCUGUUAUCAUUAACGACAAUGGCAGCAACAAUAACGAAGAUCAUAGUUUUCUGUUUGCAAAUACUGUCGUCGAGCCUUACAACUCAGUUCAUUGUCUUGCGGAAAAUGCGGAUAAGUGUUUGCUUUUUGAUAAUGAAGCUCUCUGAGAUAAUUGUUUCCGUACCCUUGAGCUCACUACUCCAAGUUUUAGAGAUCUCAACCAUUUAGUUUCCUCCACUAUGAGUGGUGUUACAUGUUGCCUUCACUUCCCUGGUCAGCUUAACUCCGACCUCUGGAAGCUUGCUAGAAACCUCAUCCCAUUUCCUUGGCUACAUUUUUUCAAGGUUGGAUUUGUAUUAUUCACAUCUCGUAAUUUCCAACAGUGUAGAGCCCUGACUUUUCCUGAACUUACUCGGCAAAUGUGGGAUGCCAAGAACAUGAUGUGUGCUGCUAAUCCUCAACGCAAUCAAUACAUCACAGUAUCAACUGUGUUUCGUGGCAGAAUGAGUACAAAAGAGGUUGAUGAGUUGAUGAUCAAUGUGCAAAACAAUAACUCGUCGUACUCUGUUGAAUGGAUUCCAGACAAUAUGAAGUCAUUUCUUUGUGACAUUCAUCCUAAUGGCUUCAAGAUGGCGUCCACAGUUAUUGGGAACUCUACUUCACUGCAAGAUAUGUUCAGGUGGGUCAGUAACCAAUUCACUGCCAUGUUUCGCAGCAAAGUUCCCUUGCAUUGGUACAUUAGAGAGGGGAUGGAUGAGAUGGAGUUCACAAAAGCGGAGAGCAAUAUGAAUGAUUUGGUCUCAAAGUACCAGCAAUACCAGAAUGCAACUGUAGAAACAUCUUCCAUCAUAGCAAAAUUAGAAACAUCUUCCGUCAUAGAAAAAUUAUUACCAAUCAUUAUGAACAAGUUAGGCCACACUGUGGAAAUUCAAAUUGUAUCAUCAGAGGAUAGGGAAAAGCAAGGAGAGAUGCAAGCCCCUCUUUGUGGAGCUUUGCAGGUUAUCAUCUAAAAACUUAGCCGUACAGAUGAAA